UGGUGAUUUCUUGGCAAUUCCGGUUUAACCUCAGCCGUUGACGAAGACCUCUGUUGCCCGCCAAAUACACACUAUCCUCAUUUUGGGGGAGGAGAAGAGGAGCCGAUUAGGGGGAAGCUUGAGGAACAUGAAAAUGGAGACCAAUGCUUCGGACCCUAAGAUUAUUUUUUAGAAUGUGACCCAGACUCCUAAAUCGAACCAUUGUGUUUCAAGUUCCUAGAGUUAGAAUCCAGCUAAAAUCACCAAAAACGCGUUCUCAUAAGAAGACAGAGUGUUAGUGUUCCUGUUUCGAAAAUUGUUUCCGAUCUUAGGCCCAGAAAACGAUUAAGAAGCUCGUUUACCUGCUCGUUAGAACUACGGCGAGGAAUUUUAGUUCUUCGUUUGAGGUGAUUGAAAUUUUUUGCUUGUUUUGGUGUCUCAAGAAAUGAAUUUUAAUUUUUCGUUUAAGGUUCGUCUCUGUUGAAGCUGACUACGCAGCAAGAAAGUAAAAAGUGGAGCAAGAAUGGCUUUUAAGCCGUUUUUUUGGUAUUGUCGUCCAGUUGCUGGUGGUGUGUGGAGGAACGCAGUGGAUAAUGCUUUUGGCGCUUACACACCAUGUGCCAUUGACUCUCUAGUGGUUGUUAUUUCUCACCUAGUUGUACUGGGUCUGUGCAUCUACAGAAUAUGGUUGAUCAAGAAGGAUUUUAAAGUACAGAGGUUCUGUUUGAAGUCAGGGACAUACAACUAUGUGUUGUGUUUAUUGGCUACUUGCUGUGCAUUCGAGCCUUUACUCAAAUUGAUCAUGGGAAUUUCAGUAUUGAAUUUAGAUGGGCAGACUGCACUUGCUCCAUUCGAGGUGGUUGCCCUGAUUAUUCAGACUCUUGCUUGGUGCUCAAUGGUUCUAAUGCUUGUUGUAGAAACCAAAGUGUAUGUUUAUGAGUUUCGAUGGAUCGUCAGAUUUGGAGUUGUUUAUAUAUUAGUAGCAGAUAUUGUAAUGCUCAACCUAAUUCUUUCGGUGAAGGAUUUCUACAAGAGAUAUGUCCUAUAUUUGUACAUCAGUGAAGUCUUCUUCCAGGCUUUAUUUGGUGUUCUCUUGCUCCCAUAUGUGCCUAGCUUGGAUCCUUAUCCUGGUCAUACUCCCUUAAGUAGUGAAUCUGUUGAUGUUGCUGAGUAUGAAAAACUCCCUGACGGAGAAGAUAUAUGUCCUGAGCGGCAUGUGAAUUUAUUUUCAAAAAUUACUUUUGCAUGGAUGGAUCACAUAAUGAAGCUAGGAUAUAAAAGGCCUCUCACGGAGAAGGACGUUUGGAAAUUGGAUAUGUGGGAUCGAACUGAAACAGUAUACGAUAACUUCCAGAAAAUUUGGGUGGAAGAGUCUCAUAAAUCCAAACCAUGGCUUCUUAGAGCAUUAAACAGUAGCCUUGGAGGGAGGUUUUGGUUGGGUGGGCUUUGGAAGAUUGGCAAUGAUAUGUCUCAGUUUGUUGGACCUGUCAUCUUGAAUAAACUUCUCGAGUCCAUGCAGCGUGGAGAUUCAUCUGGGAUUGGUUACAUAUAUGCUUUCUCAAUAUUUGCUGGAGUGCUUAUUGGAGUGUUAUGUGAAGCACAAUAUUUUCAAAAUGUGAUGCGUGUUGGUUUUCGACUGCGGUCAACAUUGGUUGCUUUUGUUUUUCGCAAAUCUUUGAGGUUAACCCAUGAGGCUCGCAAGAAGUUUCCUUCUGGAAAGAUAACCAACUUGAUAACUACCGAUGCUGCAACACUUCAGCAAAUAACACAGUACCUGCACACGUUAUGGUCGGCUCCACUUCGUAUUACGGUUGCAAUGGUUCUCCUUUACCAGCAGUUAGGAAUUUCUUCACUUUUUGGUGCGGUGCUGCUAGUUCUUUUAUUUCCUAUACAGACACUUGUAAUCAGCAGAUUGCAGAAACAGUCCAAAGAGGGCUUGCAACGCACGGACAAGAGAGUUGGUCUCAUGAAUGAGAUUUUAGCUGCGAUGGAUACAGUGAAAUGUUAUGCAUGGGAGAAUAGCUUUCAUUCAAAAGUACAAAGUAUUCGGAAUGAUGAGCUGUCAUGGUUCCGUAAGGCAGCACUUCUUGGGGCGUUAAAUAGUUUCAUACUGAAUAGCAUUCCCGUUUUGGUGACUGUGACUGCUUUUGGAUUAUUCACGGCUUUUGGGGGCGACUUGACCCCAGCUAGGGCAUUUACAUCACUUUCGUUAUUUGCAGUGCUACGAUUUCCUCUGAUUAUACUUCCUAACAUAAUAACCCAGGUAGUAAAUGCUAAAGUAUCACUAAAUCGUUUAGAGGAGCUACUUCUAGCGGAAGAGAAAGUCUUGGUCCCAAACCCACCAUUAAAUCUGAAACUUCCAGCCAUCUCAAUCAAGAACGGAUACUAUUCUUGGGAUUUAAAGGCCGAGAAGCCCACGUUAUCGAACAUCAAUUUGGACAUACCGGUUGGUAGCUUAAUCGCAAUUGUUGGAAGUACAGGAGAAGGAAAGACAUCACUCGUGUCAGCAAUGCUUGGAGAAAUUCCAUCAGUUGCAGAUUCUAGUGUUGUUAUUCGGGGAAGUGUUGCAUAUGUUCCACAAGUUGCGUGGAUUUAUAAUGCUACAGUGCGUGAUAAUAUUUUAUUUGGUUUGGCCUUCGAAUCUGCCAGAUACGAGAAGACAAUAGGUGUAACUGCAUUGCAGCCUGACCUUGACAUACUGCCCGGUGGUGAUCUGACUGAAAUUGGGGAACGAGGAGUAAAUAUUAGUGGUGGUCAGAAGCAAAGAGUUUCCUUGGCUAGGGCCGUGUACUCCAAUUCUGAUGUGUACAUUUUUGAUGAUCCCUUGAGUGCUCUGGAUGCUCAUGUGGCUAGAGAGGUUUUUGAAAAAUGCAUCAGGGGAGAGUUAAGAGGGAAAACAAGAGUUCUUGUGACCAACCAACUGCAUUUUCUCUCCCAAGUUGACAGAAUUAUGCUUGUUCAUGAAGGUGAGGUGAAGGAGGAAGGAACGUUUGAGGAACUUUAUAAAAAUGGCAGAUUGUUCCAAAGGUUAAUGGAAAGUGCAGGUAAAUUGGAAGAAACUAGUGAGGAAAAUGAAGAUAGUCGAACCGUCGAUACUAAAAGAUCUUCUGAAUUUCCUGCUAAUUUGACGACAAAUGAUUUGAAUAAACAGGAUGUAAGUCCUUCUGAAAAUCGUAAAGAACAAAAAUCUGUUCUUAUCAAACAGGAAGAAAGAGAAACGGGUGUUGUCAGCUGGAAUGUUUUAAUGAGAUACAAGGAUGCAUUAGGAGGCCUAUGGGUGGUCGCUAUACUCUUCCUAUGCUAUGUUUUAUCAGAAACUCUUCGAAUUUAUAGAAGUGUAUGGUUAAGCAUAUGGACUGACCAAGGCAAUAUAGGACCAAGUGAAACAUUAUACUACAACAUGAUAUAUGCGGGUCUGUCACUUGGUCAGGUGCUGGUGACACUGUUAAAUUCUUAUUGGCUGAUCAUAUCAAGCUUAUAUGCAGCCAAAAGGUUGCAUGUCCUAAUGCUUACUUCUGUUUUAAAAGCUCCAAUGGUAUUUUUCAACACCAAUCCUCUUGGGAGGAUAAUCAAUCGAUUUUCAAAGGAUCUUAGUGACAUCGAUAGGAAUGUUGCCAGUUUUUUCAACAUGUUCUUGGGGCAAAUUUCACAACUCCUUUCUACUUUCAUCUUGAUAGGGGUUGUGAGCACUUUAUCAUUGUGGGCAAUCCUUCCUCUUCUGUUAUUGUUUUAUGCUGCCUAUUUAUACUAUCAGAGCACAGCUAGAGAAGUAAAGCGGCUAGACUCAAUAAGUCGAUCUCCUGUUUAUGCUCAAUUUACUGAAGCUUUGAAUGGUCUUUCAACAAUUCGUGCAUACAAAGCUUAUGAUAGAAUGGCUGAGGUUAAUGGGAAAUCUAUGGACAAUAAUAUUAGAUUUACCCUUGUGAACAUGAGUGGAAAUCGAUGGCUUGGAAUCCGCUUAGAAGCUGUGGGUGGUCUUAUGAUAUGGCUUACAACCACCUUUGCUGUCUUGCAGAAUGGCAGGGCAGAAAAACAGCAGGAAUUUGCAUCCACCAUGGGUCUCUUACUUAGCUAUGCUUUAAAUAUUACCUCUUUGCUCACGGGUGUACUAAGGCUUGGAAGUGUGGCCGAGAAUAGCUUAAAUUCUGUAGAGCGUGUUGGGACUUAUAUAGAUUUACCUUCAGAAGCUCCGUCAAUUAUUGAGAGCAACCGCCCCCCUCCUCAAUGGCCAUCAUCUGGACUUAUAAGAUUUGAGGAUGCUGUUUUACGAUAUAGACCUGAGCUCCCACCAGUGUUGCAUGGACUAUCUUUUACAAUAUUUCCCAAUGAAAAGGUUGGAAUUGUUGGACGAACUGGUGCGGGAAAAUCAAGCAUGAUAAAUGCCUUAUUUCGUAUUGUUGAACUGGAAAGGGGGAAAAUAUUUAUUGAUGGUUUCGAUGUUGCAAAGUUUGGGUUGUUUGAUUUGAGAAACGUUCUUGGGAUUAUACCACAAUCCCCCGUUCUUUUUUCAGGAACUGUUAGGUUUAAUCUAGAUCCAUUUAACAAUCAUAACGAUGCUGAUCUUUGGGAAGCUUUGGAGAGAGUACAUUUAAAGGAUGUCAUAAGGAGAAAUACCUUUGGCCUGGAUGCUGAGGUCUCAGAGUCCGGGGAGAAUUUUAGCAUUGGACAGAGGCAACUGUUAAGUCUUGCUCGAGCACUUCUUCGGAGAUCAAAAAUUCUGGUUCUCGAUGAAGCAACUGCAGCUGUUGAUGUUAGAACAGAUGCUUUAAUUCAGAAAACUAUAAGGGAAGAAUUUAAAUCUUGUACCAUGCUCAUCAUUGCACAUAGAUUGAAUACCAUCAUAGAUUGUGAUCGGAUCCUUGUACUUGAAGCUGGUCGGGUUUUGGAGUACAACACGCCAAAAGAACUGUUAUCAGCCGAAGAAAGUGCUUUCUCAAAGAUGAUUCAGAGUACAGGAGCUGCCAAUGCCCAAUACUUACGUAGCUUAGUAUUUGAAACUGAAGGUGAGAAAAGUUUAGGAUUACAAGAGAAGGUUUAAAUGGAUGAAUAGAAGAGAUUGCUUGCUGAUGUAAUUUGAUGAUAUUACAUCGUUGUGGAAUAAUUGGAUUCUUGCACUAAUACAUUGCGGUGCAAACUCCAAAGGUUCAACAUUUUAUCUCAAGUCCUUAGUUCGGAUGUUAACAAGUGUGACCCAAAAGUUAUAACAAAAAAUUCAGGGGCCCUUUAAGCCUAUUCUUAACAAUUUUGGACUUAAAAGUCUAUAGUUUGAAAAUUUAAAGAUCAAA